AACCACCACCUUGUCUUCUUUUUGCUGGAAGUUUUCAAUAAUAUCAUUCAAUAUCAGUUUGAUGGUGAGUAGCUGCUAAAAAAUAAGCCGGCCCAAUACCCCUUUCGUAUGACAUUCUAAUAAUGAAUAUAUUGUAUUACUAUAUUUUUAGUGAUAAUAAAAAUUGUUGGGGCUCCCCCCCCCCCCCCCCAUGGCAACUAGUCAUUCUGUUUUGGCACCCACAACCCAGGUCCCAGAAGUCAUUUGGCUUCCAUCUUUUCUAUCCCAGUUUCUAACACUGCUUUUGAUCCAUGUCACUAUAGCUUCCAUUUUAUGCACUGGUCACUAAGGCUAUGAGCAGUGACUAGGCCAAAGUCUCAGUAAGUUGGUAGCCAAGCAAGAAAGCAAAUUCAAGUCCAGAUCCUGCCUUCUGCUCACUAGGCUCCCGCUUCCUUCUGCUCUGUUAUUGAUCUUAAGUAAUUUCUUAGCAUUGCCAAUUGGGUACUCUGUAAACAACUCAAGAACUGUGCUUUUGCUUUGUUGACUAAUUUCCCCCCCUAGCGGUAAGGUAGGAGAAGGUAAGGAAAGGUUUUCUUGAUACAGGACUGUAAGUAGCGUACAGCCUCCCAGGCUUAUUUGUAGGUCUUUUUCACUCCUCACUCCCUGCAUGAUUAAAAUUACUUAAUCAUGUUUUUUCUCCCUUCUGCUGCUGUGAUUUCCUAGGCAAUUCCAACUUGGUCUAUGCCAUCAUCCGCAAGCGAAAUGUGUUCCAUCAGCUGGCCAAUCUGCCUACUGACUUGCAGUCCAUCCAGAGAGCUUUGCAGCGCAAAAAGAAAGCUCCCGAACCUAUAUCUCGCACCAACUCUCAGGAUGGAAUGUCCAUGGAAGGAUCUCGACCGGCUGCACCUGCUGAGCCCGGGACGCUAAAG